CACAUUCAUUCAGUCCAUGCAGAUGCGCGCCGAGAUUUACUCUUAGGUCUCCACAGCUGCUUAUCUAACUGUUAAUGUGCGCAACGUAAAGAUAAGGCGACAGGAUUUGGUAAUAUCCCCGGAGGAGCCCUCCAAGUCGUCACCAUAUUCCACACGCCUCCUGUUAUUGCUUUACUUCCUCUGUUAAACUGAUAUUGUCUUGCUUCAACGACACACUGGUCUGUUCGCACUUUAGGCGCGGGACAGCAUGACUGGUGGACUCAAGGACGGCGAAACUGACGAGGGAUUUCUGCACUCGCAGUUCAUCAGGAAACAAGGGAACAUAUACAAACCAAAUAACAAAGACAUGGAUAACGACAGUAUGAGCGGGAUGAAGACGAUGCAGGACGUCCACACAAAAGAGAUCGACCUGGUGAACCGGGACCCCAAGCACUUAAACGACGAUGUUGUCAAGGUGGAAUUCGAGGAUGUGAUCGCGGAGCCUCCAGGGACAUACAGCUUCGACGGCGUGUGGAAGGCUAGCUUCACCACCUUCACGGUGACCAAGUACUGGUGCUACCGUCUCCUUACCGCCCUGGUGGGAAUCCCGCUGGCACUGGUCUGGGGCAUCUUCUUCGCCAUCCUGUCCUUCAUCCACAUCUGGGCGGUGGUGCCGUGCAUCAAGAGCUAUCUGAUCGAGAUCCACUGUGUCAGCCGUGUUUACUCCAUCUGCAUCCACACCUUCUGCGAUCCUCUGUUUGAAGCCAUGGGCAAGUGCUUCAGCAGCGUCCACAUCAGCACCGCCAAGGGGGUGUAGAAAAGAGGAGGAAGAAGAGGAAAAUUAAUGGAGGAUGAGGGGAGGAUGGUGGGAAUGAGGUGAGGGCUGGAAACCAUAACCGAUUUUAAAGGGAGAGAAGACACCUGAAGAAACUGAAAGAAAAGAGAGGGAGCAACCUUUUUUGAUGAAAGAAGAGGUGAGACAUUUCUAGAGCUGUGGGCGGGAUGUUGGCGGUGAGGGGGCGGAGACACAGAGAGUACCUUGCCCCGCCUCUCUUUCUCCGUCUCCCUCGACGACAAUCGUUUCUCUCUCCAGUGCUGGUUUAACCAACAGGGGCACAUGAUUAUGUCAAGUCAUUCCUUGGGGUCUUUGAUUUUAUUUUUUGUUAGUGUUGUUUAUCAUUGCAGGAGCACCACCACGCUAGCCUCCCUACCCCCACUCCCACUCCAUUAUUCCUAACAUUGUCCCGAAAUGUUGUGUGAUCCUCUCUCUGAUUAUAGCUUGUUGAAUGAAGGGUAUGAUUGAUUGAAUUAUUGAUUGAUUGAUUAGUUAGUUAAUUGAUUGACAGGCUCAUAUGAUAGAUGUUGGUCUCCUCUCUGCUGGGUUUGUGUUCCUCUUUUUGGGAGGGUAAUGCUUUGGGUGCGGGGAAGGGAUAUCCCUGUGCCUGUCCCAUUGCGUUGUUUGGAGAGAGUUGACAAAUCCCAGCUGACACAGCACAAAAUCCGAGAGCCAAAACCCUCUCAACACCCGUCUCAGUCCCACUACCCCCACCUGACCCCCUCACACACCCUCCACCCCACUAUGCCUGCCAUGACUCCUAGUCUGAAACACUGAACCUGCCCUUGUUUCUGCAUGCACCACCACCUCUACAAAGCCACCGAGCCAACCAACACGCUGCUGUCAGUCUGCAUGCCUUGACAGACAGACAGACAGACAGGCAGACACACAGGUAUAAGACAACCACAUGAUGACAUAAUCACUCUGUCCAUCAACACUCUGUUUUGUUCCAGCUCCAAUCCAAGCAAGAGAGAUGAAAUUCUAUGACAACAACCAAGUCUACGAACAAUACAGCCUUCAUGGUAUAUACCAUUUUUCUAUGUGACAGAGAAUGUUUUUUUAUGUUUGCCUUUGAAUCUCAAAAAAAUAUCACUUGAACUUUGUCUCAUUACAUUCACACCUAGGGAUCUUCUUUUAGACCAUUUGAGGUCUCUUCCCUGUAGAGGGAGGAUGUUGAUGCACAUUUGCUGUAGCCGUAGCUAAAUAACCAUGCUUUUUCUACACUUUAUGAAGAUGAAGAACUUUUGUUUUGAGCUUUGUUUGCCCAAUGUAUGCAACUUUUGAGUUGCAUUGUCUUUUUAUUUUAAAUUUUUUUACUCCCCAAUGAGUUUUGAGUUUAUUCCCUGAUUGAAUAGUUUGGUCUGGUGUAGAGUUCUGCUUAUUGACUGUCGACCACAGGAGGCUGCUUAGGGGAGGACAGCUCAUAAUGGCUGGAAUGGAGUAAAUGGAAUGGUAUCAAACACAUGGAAACCAUGUGUUUAAUGUGUUCGAUACCAUUUAAUCCGUUCCAGCCAUUACUAUGAGCCCGUCCUCCCUAAUUAAAGUGCCACCAGCCACCUGUGCUGUCGGUAGCUCCAACCAAGGACUAUCAGCUAAUACAGUCCCCUCGGAAAGUAUUCAGACCUCUUAACUUUUUCCACAUUUUGUUACAUUACAGCAUUAUUCUAAAAUGGAUUAAAUUAUU